AUGAUUGUGUUCUGGGGCGGUCUUACCAUGAUCACAGCCGCGGUGCACAAUCCUCAGGGUAUCAUGGCCAUCCGGUUCUUCUUAGGGUUGGCGGAGUCCACUACCUUCGCUGGAACGCAUUACAUUCUGGGGGCUUGGUACACCGAGAAAGAGCUGGGCAAGCGAAGCGGCAUCUUUACUGCCUCUGGGCUCGCCGGUACCAUGUUUGGGGGUUUCAUCCAGGCCGGCAUCCAUUCCUCGCUCGACGGAGCACGUGGACUAUCCGGCUGGCGAUGGCUGUUCAUCAUCGACGGACUGAUCACCCUCCCCAUCGCACUCUACGGGCUAUUCCUGUUCCCUGAUACCCCCGCCACAACCCAGGCGCCAUAUCUCUCGGCUUCUGAGCGAGCCCUGGCCAUCUCCCGCAUGCCUGAGGCAAGCCCAGCGAGGUCGCGCUUAGACUUAGCCUUUGCGAAGAAGAUCUUCGGCACCUGGUACUGGUAUGGCUUCGUCAUACUCUGGAUCAUUGCCGGCGAGACGGAGUCCUUCUCGACCAACACCCUGCUCGCGCUCUACAUGAAGUCACACCCUACCAACAAGUAUGCCGUCACGCAGCUAAACAACUAUCCAUCGGGGGUGCCCGCCGUGGGGAUUGUGUCGACCUUAUUCUGGGCUACCUUGACCGACUUCAUGGGCGGGAAACGCUACCUGGUAGGGUUCUUCAUUGGGAUCACCGGCAUUAUCACCUCCGCACUUAUCCUAACUCAAUUCGACUCCACCGCGACGGUCUUUGGAGCCUACUACUGGGCCGGCGCCGUCUAUGCCUGCCAGGCUACAUUCUUCGCAUGGUGCAACGAUGUCAUGCGGUAUCAGGAUGGUCGAAUGCGCUCGGUGGUCAUUGCCAGUAUGAACCUGGGCAGUAAUGCCGUCAACGCUUGGUGGAGCAUCCUAUUCUACUCUGCUACGUUUGCCCCCAGGUUCACCAGGGCGUCGCAAGGCAGGACCUUGCUGAAUCACCGUCCACGAACACCCCCACCAAGCAAAAUAACAACCACAACCACCAUGGCGCCCAUCCUCACCACCACGCCGACUGUCCACGUCGCCCCCUCACCACUCACCAAAGAAGCCUUCGCGCCCUUCGGCACGGCGAUCUACUCUCCUCUGCCGCGCGACCUCAACCAACCCCCAGCCAGCGUCUCCUCCCUGGCACCGCACACCCCAGCCCCGGUGCUCGCCAACCAAAACUCCGCUCUGAAGUACAGCCCCAUCUCGCCGCUGCAAGACAAUUACCCGGGCCACUGCCCAAGCAACCAACCGUCAUCCGCGCGGAUGACCAUGUUCAGCUGCUUCCCGCGCCAGCUGCGCGGCCAGAACACCAAGUUCUUUGACGUGCGCAUCCUCGAGCGCCACCCCUUCACCACCCAGACCUUCACCCCCGUCGACCUCUCCAGCCAGCCCGACGCCGGCGGCCACCCCGAACCCUUCUUCCUGGUCGUCGUCGCCCCGACCCUCAAGGGCCAGACCGCGACCGCCAUGACGCCCUCCGGCCCUGUUACCGUGAGAGACCCCCCGGAUCUGAAGAACCUGAAGGCGUUUGUCGCCCGCGGUGGCCAGGCUGUUACGUAUGCGGCCGGCACGUGGCAUGCGCCCAUGGUUGUGCUGGGGUCCAGGAGGGUGGACUUUGUCGUCGUGCAGUUUGUUAAUGGGGUGGAUGAUGAGGAUUGUCAGGAGGUGGAGUUCGGGGAGGGCGUUGUGGUUGAGGUCGAGGGGAGGGCUGCGGCGAAGCUUUAG